AUGUCUGACACAGUUUGGCGACCAGAAGAUGACCCAAACAUCAGACCCCCCCUUCAGGAAGGUCAGGUAUACAGGCCAGACAUACUCAAUGUGAUUGAGACGUCGCUCGAUAGACUGAGCGGAGAGCUGAGGGCUUUAAGUCUCGAUAUUCAUGACCAUCCAGAGCUAAAGUUCGAAGAAAAAUAUGCCCACGACGCAUACACUGCGAUUAUGGAAAAACAUGGUUUCACAGUAACUAAGAACUAUCUUCUUGAGACUGCCUGGGUUGCCACCUACACCCAUGGACAGGGAGGGCGCGUUUUGGGUAUCAACUCUGAGAUGGAUGCGCUCCCUGGGAUCGGACACGCUUGUGGACACAAUCUCAUUGGGAUAUCUGGAGUAGCGGUAGCUCUUGCAACUAAGGCCGCAAUGGAGAACCUGAACAUCGAUGGAAAGGUGGUUCUGCUGGGUACACCUGCUGAGGAGGGUGGGAUUGGCAAGGUCAAGUUGUAUGAAAAGGGGGCUUAUGACGAGAUGGAUGUGUGCCUGAUGUGCCAUCCCGCACCUGGCCCCCGCCACUCCAUUAGUUUGAGUGGCUCCUUGGCUGUCUCUCGCAUUACUGUGGAGUAUCAAGGUCAUACUGCCCACGCUGGGUUAAGCCCCUGGGAGGGACAAAACGCACUUGAUGCAGCUGUCCUUGCAUACAAUAACGUUUCUCUUCUUCGUCAGCAAAUUAAACCUACUCAUCGCGUGCACGGCGUCUUUGAAGGGAAGGAUUGGGCUCCAAACAUCAUCCCGGAUCACGCUAUAAUGCAGUGGUUAGUCCGUGCUCCCACAACCUUAGAGAUGGAGGAUACCAGAGAGCGCGUCUUUUCCUGCUUCGAAGCAGCCGCACUCGCAUCUGGAUGCAAAGUUCAAGUUACGCUUGAAUCAGUAAGCAACGAAAUCAGGCAAAACAAAGCACUGGGCGACGAACUUGCUGAUGUUGUUCUGAAGCGCUAUGGCGCUAUCGAUUACGAAUGGGGUAUCAAGAGUGCUUCUACUGAUUUCGGGAACAUUUCAUACUUGAUGCCUGGUCUCCACCCUGGUUUUUCCAUCCCGACCAUUCCAGAUGGUGGGAACCAUACCAUAGGAUUUACGGACGCUGCACGUUCCGAACUAUCCCAUGAUGCCUGUUUGGUGGUAUCGAAGGCGCUCGCGGCCGUAGGCAUGCGAGUGCUGACUGACGAGGCGUUCCUCCAGAAAGUCAUGGACACAUUUGAGGAAGAUAAGAAACUAAGAGGGUAG